AGAAGCCCGCGGGCGGCUUGGAACGCGUCCUUAUCAUGGCCGCGGGAGCCGGGACGGCGGGCCCUGCUUCCGGCCCGGGCGUCGUGCGUGACCCGGCGGCGUCACAGCCGAGGAAGCGGCCCGGGCGGGAGGGCGGGCACGGCGGGGAGGGCGCGCGGCGGUCGGAUGCGAUGGCGGGAGGAGGCGGGAACAGUGACCGCAGCGGGCGGGCAGCGGGCCGGCGGGCGUCGCGGAGCGGCGGGCGGGCUCGGCGGGGGCGCCACGAGUCGGGGCUGGGGGCCGCGGCGGAGCGAGGCGCGGGGGAAGCCCGGCUGGAGGAGGCGGUCAACCGCUGGGUGCUCAAGUUCUACUUCCACGAGGCGCUGAGGGCCUUUCGGGGGAGCCGGUACGGGGACUUCCGACAGAUCCGGGACAUCAUGCAGGCUUUGCUUGUCAGGCCCUUGGGCAAGGAGCAUGCCGUGUCCCGGCUGCUGCGUGUUAUGCAGUGUCUGUCGCGCAUUGAAGAAGGGGAAAAUUUAGACUGUUCCUUCGAUAUGGAGGCUGAGCUCACACCACUGGAAUCAGCUAUCAAUGUUCUGGAGAUGAUUAAAACGGAAUUUACAUUAACAGACGGAGUAGUGGAAUCCAGUAGAAAACUGGUCAAGGAGGCUGCAGUCAUUAUUUGUAUCAAAAACAAAGAAUUUGAAAAGGCGUCAAAAAUUUUGAAAAAACAUAUGUCCAAGGACCCCACAACUCAGAAACUGAGAAAUGAUCUCCUGAACAUUAUCCGAGAAAAGAACUUGGCCCACCCUGUUAUCCAGAACUUUUCCUAUGAGACUUUCCAGCAAAAGAUGCUGCGCUUCCUGGAGAGCCACCUGGACGACACUGAGCCCUACCUCCUCACGAUGGCCAAAAAGGCUUUGAAGUCUGAGUCUGCUGCCUCAAGUACAGUGAAAGUAGAUAAGCAGCCAGCAUCAGAGUCUGUGGAAAAGCCCCUCAGAGAGUCUCCAAGGCAACUGCCAAGUACUCCAACCACCAUUGGGAUUAGGACUCUGAAAGCCGCGUUCAAGGCUCUAUCCAGUGCACAGGACCCAGAGGCAGCUUUCUCCAAACUGGACCAGAAGGAUCUGGUCCUUCCUAAUCAGUCAUCCCCAUCAUCAGUAGCUCUCAAAAACAAGAGACCUAGAAGAAAUGAAAAUGAAAGCUCAGCUCCUGAGGGGGAGGGCAGCUCAGAACUGCAGCCCAAGAACAAGCGUAUGACAAUAAGCAGAUUGAUUUUAGAAGAGGACAGCCAGGGUACUGAGCCCAGCCCAGGCCUCAACUCCUCCCAGGAGUCCAUUCCAGCGUCACCAUCCAAGCCUACCGCUGCCAGCCACACGCGGCCUGGAGAGAAGAAUGCCAAGCUAUCCAGAGGAAAGUGGAACAACUCUAAUGGGGUUGAAGAAAAGGAGAGGUGGGUAGAAGAGGACGAACUGUUUGCAGUGGAAGCAGCACCGGAUGAAGACAACACAAGCACUAUAAUGGCAAAGAAGCAGAAGUGGACAUUAGAAGAAAGCGAGUGGAUCAAGGCUGGAGUACAGAAGUACGGAGAAGGAAACUGGACUGCCAUUUCUAAAGGUUACCCCUUUGUUAACCGAACAGCUGUGAUGAUUAAGGAUCGCUGGCGGACCAUGAAAAAACUUGGCAUGAACUGAAACAGGCAUUGGUUUCCACAGGAUUCGCAGGAGCUUGGUUCUAACAGUAGUCCCCGAGCAGGAAUGAGAAUCGGGGGAAAACCCCCUUCCAACAUGAGGAGGCUUCCAUCCAGCUCAUCUCUGUGGGAGAUCAUGGAGCUAAGAGGCCAAGGCAGACGCUGCCUGUGUCCUUGACAGAGAUGACAGGCACGCACGUGUCCCGCGCCAGGUCAUCACUAGUGUUUCCCUUUAGUGGUUUGCUUACAUUUGAAAUCCCCACUAAUCUGCAGAGCCUUCUCCUAGGAAAAAAUGGAGUCCAAGAAGACCCACAGAACGCCAUGACCUGUGAAAACCAGCAACGUGAGCAUGGUCCCUCAUGGAGUGUCGGCCUCGGAACACAGACGUGAAGGGUCUCCGUCUGUGGCGAGCCCAGGCCAAUGACAGUCCUCAUGGAAACAGAUUCCUUUUAAAAACCAUUUGGCCACUUGUGACGUCAGCCCAGACCUGACUGCCUUGGCAUUUGCUCUCAAUACGUGCUGAGCUACGUGGGCAGGUUUAUCCUCCACUUGCUGUGGUUGAACCAGUGUGUUUUUUUGGUAAAAUGGUGAUUGUAGAUAAGCUUAGUCCCCCUACCUGCCACCUCCUUUCUCAGUUCCUUUCCUUAUGCUGGACUUUAAAAGCUUAAAAAAAAAAAAAAAAAAAAAAGAAGUCCUGGCUGAAUAUAAUGGCCUAAUUCCAUUCUUUGUGAAAUGGUUGCUUCCGCCCACUCCCUAAUUGUGCUGUUAGUGUCACGUGCUGGAAUUCAACAUUCCCUUCUCCUUUUGUACUGCGUCGUGCUUGCUGUCAGACAUCCCGAAAGACUGUCUUUUUAGCAAAAAAUUUCAGUAAAGUGUUUUCUGUAAUCUUUUUUAAAAAUGAGAGCUAAUUAUUGUCGAUACUUGUAGCAUUCUUCAUUAAAGUCUUGCUUCUCUCCAACAGAAGUAGCUGAUUACUUGCAGCACAGCGUGUGUUCCUGGAUGAAGCAGGAAAUUGUGGAACAAACUUGGCUCAACUCUGUUAAGAAACUGCUUUGAAUCAGGUGCUGGUGGCUUACACCUGUCAUCCUUGCUGCUGUCAUACUUGCUAGACUGAGAUGGGAGGAUCAAGCUCCAAAGCCAGCCCAGGAAGACUGAGGGGCCCUUUAUCUCCAUUUAACUGCAAAAAGCCAGAAGUGAUGUUACUCAAUUGGUAGAGUGCCAUCCUUGAGCAAAAAGGCCAAGUGAGGAUGCAAGGCCUUGCAUUCAAGCCCCAGUGCCAGCGCACACACUCACUACUGUGUGUACUCAUCUUUGGAAGGCAGAUCAAAUAGGCCUUGUAGACAUUUUGGCUUAUUCAUUCAUUUCCUCAUACAAUAUACUUCUGGAGACUAUAGAGAAUUCCCCCUUCCUGACAUGACAGGUUAGAAAGUUUACCUAGCUUCGUUGCCUAUCAACUCUCUGUGUUAGGGUUUGGGACUGCUUUUCUCUCCCAACCCCACAUAAACCAUGGGGAGGGAGUGUGUACAACUGCCUGUGGGAGGAAAAG